AUGGCUAAACGCAACAAGAAGGUCAGCAUCGUCGGCAAGUACGGGACCCGCUAUGGUGCCUCCCUCCGGAAAAUGGUGAAGAAAAUUGAAAUCAGCCAGCACGCCAAGUACAAUUGCUCCUUCUGUGGCAAGACCAAGAUGAAGAGACGAGCUGUCGGCAUCUGGCACUGUGGUUCCUGCAUGAAAAUAGUGUCCGGCGGGGCCUGGACCUACAACACCACCUCUGCAGUCACAGUGAAGUCUGCCAUCAGAAGACUGAAGGAACUGAAAGACCAGUAGAAGCCCUGCUGUCUGAGACUUGCCUAGCCUGCAAUAAACGGGUUAUUUACGU